CUUAGCUUCUGUACCAGAACUUGAAGGUCACUACCUGAAGUUUAUGCAGUUCUUUCGGGGGGUUUGUGCAUAAAGGCUACAGGGCAGCCGAAUCGAGAACAAGGUCACCAAGCAAAUUCUGCUGGCAAUGGGAGGCCUGCUUCUCUAUAUAAACCGCUCUUCUUUCCCUGUACUGCGCAAGGCUAGAAUUUUGCAGCAGUCAACUGGAACACGCUACUUUAAAACAUUUCAGCUGUUGUGGAAUGCACAGGUGGUUAAAGGUACCCUUUUCCGAGAUCUAGUUGUGGGAGUCCCAAAAGAGAUCUCAAAAAAUGAGAAGAGAGUGGCAGUAACUCCUGCUGGCGUGCAGGCUUUGAUAAAGCAAGGUUUCAACAUCCAGGUGGAAACUGGAGCAGGCGAGGAAGCAAAGUUUUCUGACCAACAGUACAAAAAAGCAGGUGCUUCACUAAGUGACACCAGAUCUGUGUUUGGUUCAGACAUUGUACUGAAGGUACGAGCGCCUUGUUUUAACGAAGUGUUAGGAACUCAUGAAUCGGAACUGUUCAAGGAAAGAGCAACACUUGUUAGUUUCAUCUAUCCUGCUCAGAACCCUGAUGUAAUGGAUAGACUUGCACAACGUAAACUUACUGUUUUGGCAAUGGACCAAGUACCUCGAGUUACUAUAGCGCAAGGCUAUGAUGCUCUUAGCUCCAUGGCCAACAUUGCUGGAUACAAGGCGACUGUACUAGCUGCUAAUCACUUCGGUAGAUUUUUCACUGGUCAAAUAACAGCAGCUGGAAAAGUGCCCCCAGCAAAGGUUUUAAUUAUUGGUGGUGGAGUUGCAGGUCUCGCUGCUGCAGGUGCUGCAAAAGCCAUGGGAGCUAUUGUGCGUGGAUUUGACACCAGACCCCCAGCCCUGGAGCAAUUCAAAUCCCUUGGAGCAGAACCCCUGGAAGUGGAGAUUGCUGAAACAGGAGAAGGUGUCGGUGGUUAUGCUAAAGAAAUGUCUAAAGAAUUUAUUGAAGCUGAACUUGCUCUCUUUGCGAAGCAGUGUAAAGAAAUUGACGUCAUAAUCAGCACAGCACUUAUUCCCGGAAAAAAAGCUCCAGUGUUGAUCACCAAGGACAUGGUAGAAUCUAUGAAGGAUGGCUCAGUGAUCGUUGACCUUGCAGCCGAGGCUGGUGGAAAUGUAGAAACAACAAGACCUGGAGAACUCUACUUACAUAAAGGAGUUGUGCAUGUCGGCUACACAGACCUGCCAAGCAGAAUGGCAUCUCAGGCCAGUACCCUGUAUUCCAACAACAUUGUGAAGUUAUUAAAAGCAAUUGCUCCAGACAAAGAGUAUUUUUAUCUUGAGCCAAAGGACGAAUUUGACUAUGGCACCAUUGAUCAUGUCAUUAGAGGAACCAUGGUAAUGAGAGAGGGUCUCCACUUAUUCCCUUCUCCACUUCCAAAGACAGCUCCUCCUGCAGCCCCUGUUCAACACAAAACUGUUGUAGAAAUCGAAGCUGAGAGAAAAGCCACAGAAUCUCCUUUUAGGAAAACAAUGACAUCAGCUGGAGUUUACACAGCAGGUUUGACUGGUGUUUUAGGCCUGGGCAUUGUUUCCCCAAAUUCAGCUUUCUCUCAGAUGGUAACUACAUUUGGCCUUGCUGGAAUAGUGGGCUACCAUACUGUGUGGGGUGUCACACCUGCUCUACAUUCCCCACUCAUGUCUGUUACAAAUGCUAUCUCAGGUCUCACUGCUGCUGGUGGGCUGGUGUUAAUGGGUGGAUCAUAUCUUCCUUCCAGCUUGCCUGAAAGCCUGGCCUUACUAGCUGCCUUUGUGUCAUCAAUAAAUAUUGCAGGAGGAUUUCUCAUUACCCAAAGGAUGUUGGAUAUGUUCAAGAGACCCACAGAUCCACCAGAAUAUAAUUACCUUUAUCUUCUGCCAGGGGGAUUGUUUGUUGGUGGUUAUGGAACCUCUCUGGCCCUUGGAUAUAAUAUAGAACAGAUGAUGUACCUUGCGUCAGGUCUCUGUUGCGUUGGAGCACUAGCAGGAUUGUCAAGCCAAAGUACCUCCAGGCUUGGAAAUGCUCUAGGUAUGAUUGGUGUGGCAGGGGGUUUGGCAGCUACCUUGGGAUCACUGAAACCUUCACCAGAAUUAUUAACACAGAUGUCUGCUGCCAUGACUUUGGGUGGCACUAUAGGUCUCACAAUUGCUAAAAAAAUAGAAAUUUCAGAUCUUCCUCAGCUUGUGGCUGCAUUUCAUAGCUUGGUUGGCUUGGCGGCAGUAUUGACAUGUGUAGCUGAGUAUAUGAUAGAAUAUCCACAUCUUGAUGUGCAUCCAUCUGCAAACGUCCUCAAAACGGUUGCAUAUUUAGGCACCUACAUUGGAGGAGUCACAUUCAGUGGUUCUCUUGUAGCCUAUGGAAAAUUACAAGGGAUUUUGAAUUCUGCGCCUCUCCUCUUACCUGGUCGCCAUUAUCUCAAUGCUGGAUUGUUGGCAGCCUCAGUUGGUGGCAUGGUGCCUUUCAUGCUCGACCCAAGCUACAGUACUGGCAUGGCUUGCCUUAUUGGUGUCUCUGGGUUAUCCUCCGUCAUGGGUGUAACACUGACGGCAGCUAUCGGAGGAGCAGAUAUGCCAGUGGUCAUCACUGUACUCAAUAGCUACUCUGGGUGGGCCCUUUGUGCUGAAGGAUUUCUUCUGAAUAACAACCUAAUGACAAUAGUAGGGGCACUGAUUGGCUCAUCAGGAGCAAUUCUUUCUUACAUCAUGUGUGUGGCUAUGAACAGAUCCCUACCAAAUGUCAUUUUGGGUGGAUAUGGAACAUCUUCUACUGGUACUGGGAAACCUAUGGAAAUUGUUGGGACCCAUACAGAGGUCUCUGUUGACCAAUCAAUUGAAAUGAUAAAGGAAGCUAACACAAUUAUCAUUGUCCCAGGAUGGGGUCUUUGUGCAGCCAAAGCUCAGUAUCCCAUUGCUGACAUGGUGAAAAUGCUCCAGGAGCAAGGAAAGACGGUUAGAUUUGGCAUUCACCCAGUGGCAGGACGGAUGCCAGGUCAACUGAAUGUCCUAUUAGCUGAAGCUGGGGUGCCCUAUGAUAUUGUGCUUGAAAUGGAUGAGAUUAAUGAAGACUUCCCAGAAACAGAUUUGGUGCUAGUGAUUGGUGCAAAUGAUACAGUAAAUUCUGCUGCACAAGAAGACCCAAAUUCAAUCAUCGCUGGUAUGCCAGUACUAGAGGUCUGGAAAGCAAAACAGGUUAUUAUUAUGAAGAGAACUCUAGGGGUUGGAUAUGCAGCUGUGGACAACCCUGUUUUUUACAAAUCCAAUACAGCCAUGUUGCUGGGGGAUGCAAAGAAAACAUGUGAUGCUUUACAGAGCAAAAUUAGAGAAAUAUAAUAUGACAUUCACUGUACAGAUUGCUUUUUCCAUAAAAUUGGCUAGAGGGAGGUUCAAAGUUCACCAUCCAACCAAUUCCUCACAACUGUACUGGGAUUUUAAGGACAAAAGAUGCAAGUCGGAAGCUCUAGGAGAUGUAAGAGGAGACAGUUGGACUGUUCCGGGUGUUUCAUUUAAGCAGACACACAGUUACUGUCCCACUUAACAUAUUUCUGACACAAUCAGCUGGCUGUAGCUUCCCCCGCCCCCCAGCUAGAUACAGACUUUGCAACAAAGGAGUAGCAAUAUUUUAUUUCUUCAUUAUUUUUUUUAAGUGUCAGGCUGGUUUGGGGAGACUUUGAACCCUUUUGAGUCUGUUUGAAGCAUCACACCAUUACAGUACCCAAAAACCUCAAAAGGAGCAUAUAUAUAUAUAUAUAUAUAUAUAUAUAUAUAUAUAUAUAUAUAUAUAUAUUGGCUUCAUUGUAACAAAUUGAAUACAGGUAUAGGAUCUGUUAUCUUAAAGGUGAACCACCCCUUUAAGUCUGCUAAAAAUCAUUUAAACAUUAAAUAAAGCCAAUAGGAUUGUUUUGCCAAUAUGGAUUCAUGCAGCUUUGUUAGCCUUAAAUACUAGGUACUGUUUUAUUAUUACAGAGAGGGAAAAAAGCAAAGAUAUCCUUUAUAACAAUUAGAAUUAUUUUGAGUUAAAUGGAGACGACCUUCUUGUAAUUCAUACCUUUCUGAAUAAGAGUUUUCUAUAACUGUACUCUAAAUGCCAUAUACAUAAUGCCUGUUCUGAGUUCUGACUGUAAGCCAGCUGAUAAUGUCUGCACCUGUGCUGAUUAUGUUUACUAGUUGAACAUAUUUUCCAUUGUGAUCAUAAACCCCGAUGUGGCUGCAUUUCAAAUCUUCAAACUUUUUAUGGAGAAGAACCACACCAACUGAAAAUGACUGAGUUGCCAGCAUUUUGUGUUGCCAGCUAAAAUUUCAGCACCAGGGGAAAAAGGAAAUUCUUUGCAUACAAAGAAGCCUGUGAUGAUCAAAGUUUAUUAAGAUUAACUUUGCCAAAUGCUAUGUUGAUCUGAAAUAUCUUAUCAAUAUAUCCUAAAAUAAAAGUAUGGAAAUAGUUUAUAACAAGCUGUAGGCAUCCACAUUGUUGUUCACAUAUGGAGAUGUGAAGAAAGAGUGGAUGUCUCUAUGCCAUUGUUUAUUUAUUUGGACAAAAAUAGCAGCACUUAUGAUCCCUAUGCCAUCCCCUCUAAAUUCAGCAUGUGGUUUUAGUCAUGGCAGAUAAACUUUAAUCAUUAUUGCAAGCUUUUAACAAUUGAAAUUGUUACAUUAUCAGCAUUAGAUAAACAAAAUUUUUCUCUGAAUACAUGUUAAGUUUCAUAGUCAUACCAUUUUGAAUUGACCAGAUGUUCAUAGGCUUGCCCAUAAGGUUGAGCAGUUAUGGUAGACUACACAGAAUGUAUACAACACUAUUUAUCUACCUGCAUUUAAUCUAUUGUAUUGGAUUAUGUACUUGAACCCUUCUUCCCAGGCUCUUCUUUCCUCAUAAAAUAACUAUUCCGGGUGAAGAGUGCUCUUCAAAUCCCUGCUAUAUAAUAAUGGGGCUUUAUGUAAUCUGUCUUCUACAGAAGAGCGAAUUUAAGCUAUAUGGAUUGUUAAAGAUCCCUACAUUUAGUUUAGCAUGAUUUCUGGUUGGUUUCUCAACAAUCAGGGACAUAAAACUGUUAUGUAGCAAGUUUAUAACCCGGUUUCCAUUAACUAUCUUGGCAGUACUGCUUUCUUAGUCAGUAUUAGAGUAAUGCAAUUUACAUAGUUUUUCCCCCAAUCAAAGCUAUUGUGCUGUUAAUCAACUGCUAAUGUAAUGAGUUUUGUGAAACAAAAUUAUUUUUUAGUGUGAAUAAAAUGUAUAGCCCACUCCA